AUGAUCAACCGUUCUGAAAAUAAGUCUAAUUUGGCAUGCAGAAUAUACUCUUACACAUGUAUUAUUACAUGUGUAACAAUAUACCUUAUCGUAUUACACUCUACACUAUCUAAACCUCCCAUUAAUUCACCAUUCAACGAUUCUUUAUGGGAUAAAUCGCAAUUGUUAUUUAUGUUCUCUUUAUUUCUAGAAUUACUCGAUUAUAUCUACAAGGGCGCACGUGGUGUUAUUCAAGACCUUUAUUUCACAACUAUUUUGCUGCUAUUAAAGUUUAGCAUCGUAUUUCUCAUACUUAAUUUCACAGGAUUUGUUUCUAAUCCCCUUUACGUGUUGAUCUUUAUCUGUUCUGAGACAUUCACCAUCCUAGUCAAACAUCUAAAUAUCGUAUUAGAAUUUCAUAGAAAACAAAUACCAUUUGUUGAGUAUCUAGAUGAGACAGUCUCCCUUUAUUCUUUCUCAACAUCUACCUUUUCGCAGUUGUUGCUAGUUAUUGAGGCAUUGCCAGAAAUGAAGAAGAACCAAUACUUUAGGUGGUUUCCUUCUCCACUACCCAACAAGCUCAAUUUCUUCAUUGAUUUGUACAUAACCUUUAUUGUACUUAUUUUGGCCUCCCUUGUCUCCUCAAUCGGCACAUACUAUAGGAAACUCACGUGCAAAAAAUCAAUUUGA